CUUUCUGCCAGUUGCAGUCUAUGUCUUGUACCAGCAGCACCGUCUCCGUUCCUCGCGUGCAAUUAUAAUCGUCCUCUAUCGUGUGUUUAACGCCAGUGAUAUUUUACAUAAAAGUUGACAGACACAAAAUGGAUGCGAACCAGAGUGACUCCGGACAUCAAGAACAACCCAGUUAUUAUCGACAUUGAACGAUCGAGUACAACGACAGAGAGAUACAAUUGUACCUAGAUGCGACGUAAUCAGCUAAAUGAUUGCCAUUUUGCCAUUUUUCAAGAGAACUACUAGGCUGUGACCUAUGGUUCCUUGGAAAAGUAGAAAAGUCACUUUCGUGGUAUAGAAUUCGUCUACGAUAGCCACGGACUGUAAACUUUUCUCUCCACGUACAUACGUAACAUUGAAAGUGUCAAAUAUCGAUAUCCGUGCGAAUGCGCACUGACAGUAUCUCCCGUUGGCUAUGUGCGCGCGCACUAAAAUACCCCCUUGUGCCUUAGUACCAGUCCACACCCCCGAUGAAAACGAUGAGAUUAUCGAUCGUGUUGGUAUCCAACUUUUCGCUGACAGUUAACCGUGGAGACAGAUUUCUGGGAUACGCAAACGCGUUGUCACAGGAUGAGACGAGACUGAACUGUGUAAUCUGUGAUCUGUGAUAAAAGAAAUUUGCAAUAAAUCUACGACGAUUUUCUUCCCUGUGACAAGCUCGUCUCAUGAUGCAAAAUCCAAAUAUCGAUAUACAAGAGGGAAGAAGACUUCGUAACGCGCGUAGAAGACUGUUUGAAGAUGACGACGACGAUGAGACGGUACGAAAUUCUGGAGUCGAAGACAAUAUUGCGAAUUGUAUUUUCGAAGAAGCUAGGAAAAAUCGGGAAAAUGCUAAACAAAGAUGGAAUUUUGAUUUCGAAAAGGAGCAACCUUUACCCGGUCGUUACGAAUGGGUGAAAUUAGACGAACAUGGAAAUGAAGUAUAUAAUCCGCUGGAGACAAAAGAUAGAGUAGAAAAUUUACAAACGAUGCAGGAAGACAAUGACGUUACGAUGGAAGAUCAUACAGGUGGAACCGGAGAAUAAAACCUAUGAAAGUGACUAAAUUGCAGUCAGUAAAAUUGAGAUAGAAAUUACGAUAUAAUUGGUCAAAAAAUAUGUAUAUUGACUUCUAGUCAGAAUAGACACGCUCUAGUGUCUACAAGGCUAGUAAACCAAAGUUAAUUUUUUUAUUUAAUUUGUUAAAAAUUCUUCAUUCGUAAUGAUAUUUGUUAUUGUAUUAGUUAACCGCGAUUAUUUAACAUUGUUAUAUACGUAAUUAGCGAAGAAAUGAUAUUAGAAUGUGAAUUUUAUACUUUGUAUAGAUAUGCGAAAUAAUAUAUUCUAUUUAUA